GAUGGCGACACGACGAAGAAUUGGAGUGGCUGCAAUUCAGAAAAAGCAGGAAACUGCCAAUAAGUUUGCCGCAAAGGGAGAUCAAAUGGCUGGAGAGCAACUGGUACAAUUCUCGCAACAGUUAGAGCAACUUUCGGCUGGACUGGAAAUGUUUGCGCAACGACAUCGAGAUGAAAUCAAGAAGAACUCUCAAUUUCGUCGUCAUUUUCAAGAAAUGUGUGCUAGUGUUGGAGUUGAUCCGUUAGCAUCGAGUAAAGGAUUCUGGGCGAAAGCGCUUGGUUUCGGAGACUUUUAUUACGAGCUGGGAAUUCAAAUUGUUGAGAUUUGUCUUUCUACAACACACAUAAAUGGAGGCAUCAUGACAGUUGAAGAAAUUCGUAAUCGAUUAAUGAGAACACGAUCAAGAACUCGUAAAGAUACCAUUUCAACAGAUGAUAUUCUUCGUGCCGUAGAUAAAUUGAAAGUACUUGGAAACGGAUUUGAAUUGGUUCCUCUCGGUGGUGGUCGUUUUCUGGUUCAGUCGGUUCCAGGAGAAUUGAGUAUGGAUCAUUCAAGAGUUCUUCAACUUGCAGAAGAUGCUGCUUACGUUACAAAGGAAUUGAUUAUUGAUAAAUUGAGAUGGGACGAAGCCCGCGCAAGCUCUGCCUUGGAACAUCUUGUGAAGGAAGGACUCGCAUGGACAGAUGAACAGGCAUCCGAUACAACACAAUACUGGUUCCCUUCACUUUUCCUUCAACAAUAUUGUCAUUCGUCAUCAAGCACUUCAGUUUCCGAAUCUUUACACAGCAUGAGCUUUAACAAUUAUCAGUGAUGAUAUUUUCCCAUCAACGAAUUUCAGACUUAUGUACCUUAUGAUUUGUAUUUUCCUCCAAAAACCCUGACUUGCCAGAAACUUUUGUUUUUGAUGCUUUUAGUAGACUUCACUCGUCGAUACUGUAGAUGUAAAUAGAAUUUUUAUUUAUUUAUUCAAGAUUUCUAUCCCAUACGAUCCAAUAAAUUGAAUUUAUGUUAAAGUAAACGUAUUUUUCUUUUU